AUGCAAUUCAAAAAGUACAUCCCCAAGUGGCUACAGCCUGUCGAUGAGCCACAAGCACCCAUCAGGAUCUACGAUGUCCCCGUCGUGGACCUCUUCCACCGGAAAAAUAAGCGCAACAGUGUUGACUCUCAAGCAUCAACAUCGACCGAAGCAUCAGCCACGGCCACAGCAACGGCCCCUACCGAACAGAGGCGAAGCAGCUGGCACCCCUUCAUGGCCUUUGGGCGAUAG